AUGAUUCCUUUGAAGCCAGUGAACCUGUUCCUCAGGGCACUUCAGGUCGCCUUUGCAACCAUUGUAAUGGGUCUGAUUGGCGAUAUGCUCAAUGAUUACCGGGGCCACAGUCAAUCGACCGUGAACUAUGUCAUGUUCGCGGUUGCCUUCGCGCUAUUGACGCUAUUUUACCUCAUAGCAGCUAAUGCUAGUGAAAAAUUGGCCAUCCAUCCGGUUAUUCUGUUUAUUGUUGACGUGUUAAAUCUUCUGUUCCUCUUCUGUGCUGCGGUGGCCUUGCCAUCAAAAUUGCAUGCCCCGAAUUGCAGUAAUGAUCUUGCUCUGCAACAUAAUACCAUAACCAACAAAUCAGGAUCCCCACGUAAAACAUGCCGCGAAGCUAAGGCUGCCACAGCGUUCCUUUGGUUUUUGCUGUUUACCUUUCUUGUAACCACCAUUAUCUCCGCAAUCAAUAUGACUGGAGGGUGGAUGGGAAUGAGUGGCCGUGCGCGUCGUCGCUCAUCAAAGGUUGCACCGCAGCCAAUGUCCCAGGUUUGA